AAAAAAUACUGUCAUUGUGUUUCUUAGUAGAAAGACAAAAAAAAAAAGUUUAUCUUCCGUCAUCACAAUGAAACAAAUACACAUGCACGUAAGAAAUUUGCAUCUUUAACUGAGCAAGUUGUUCCUUUAAUAGCGAACUUUGCUUAGUACUGAAUAUUAUCUGUGUUUACGAAGCCUAUAGCGCAUUAGCAGAACGAACUAACCUCUAUGCUUAACUAAGGUUUAUUAGUUGUUGUAUAGUUAACGGGUCAGAUCGUUCCGAAUGAAGUUUAGAGAACAGUUUGUACCUCUUAUUUCUGAUUCAGUUAGCUUCAGAAUGUCUUCUACACAAGGGUCUGCUGGUAUUAAGGCGUUUAUGGCUGCAAAAAUUUCCCAGAUGAUGAACGAUAACGAGAAUUCUAAUAGUCCAAAACCUCCUCUUUCUCCAGCUUUGAGCGAUAAGCCACCAAAAGUCGACGACGCUUCAAUUCAAUGUGAGAACGUUGGUUUGUUCCAAUGCCACUUAUGUCCUUACAAGUCUUCCCAUAGAGGAUCUUUAAAGUCCCAUUAUGCCGUUCAUUCUGAUGAAAGACCAUUUGCGUGCGACAUGUGUACAUACGAAGCAAAGAGACAUUAUGAUUUAAAAAAGCAUCAAAUUCUCAGGCAUGGUAAAAAAGAUCUUGUAUCUAGAAAAAAUCAAGCGGUUUCCAGGACUGGACGGAAAAGACUAUUAACUAGUGUUAGUAGUUCGAAUUCUUCGGAAGAUAGCGAUUCUCCUCCGCCCUCCUCGUCCGCUAAAUUGGAAGGAAGUCCCAAAGAAAGUGGUGCCAUUUCUUUUUUGCUUCAACAAAAUUCAUCCCCGCCAGCCGACCGUUCCCUAGCAAUUUGUCAAGCUUCUUCGUCAACAACGCCUAACUGCGCAAAGGAAGUAGGCAUCGAGUCAAGAAAGUCUUGGUCGUGUACCCAUUGCGAUAUACUCUUUUUUGACAGUGCUCUAUACUUUCUACACAUGGGGAUGCACGAUAGCUCAAAUCCAUGGAGUUGUAACAUAUGCCAUUGGAAAUCUACUAAUGUUUAUAGUUUUACGUCCCACUUCAUAAAUAGUCAUCAAUCAUAAACAAACAAACAAACAGACAAACAAUCAAAAGUAACAAAAAAGACAUCGCAAAAUUUUGUCGUUUUUAUUAACCUACUUUGUUGUAUUAUUAUCUAUUAAAG